AUGUCCGUACCUACCUCUGGAGGCGGGUCGCUGGCAGACCGCAUCUCCAAACCAGACACAUUGAACGCCCAAGCUGAGACCUUUGAACCAAAAUCUGGGACCUCAUGGGCAGACGAGGUCGCUUCACCUUCGACUGAAAAGCAAUCGGCCCUUGUCAAUACGGAAGAGAAGAAGCCAGAGGCUUCUGAACCGGUCCCGCAGGUUGAUGGAGCUACAGCGCCCUUUGGUGGAUCAGAUUUGCAAGAGCCAGAGUUCGAUGUUGAGGUCAAGUUGGCGGACAUGCAAGCAGAUCCGAACAAUCCAUUGUACUCCGCCGCUUCAUUCGAACAGUUGGGACUGCACGACAACAUCCUCAAGGGAGUUAUGGCGAUGAAUUUCCGAAAACCGUCUAAGGUUCAAGAAAAGACUCUACCGCUUCUACUGAUGGACCCUCCACACAACCUCAUCGGCCAAUCCCAAUCUGGUACGGGAAAGACUGCCGCCUUUGUCCUCAACAUUCUGCACCGUAUCGACCUCAGCACCGAGCAAAUGCAGAAGACACCGCAAGCGUUAGUUCUGGCUCCGAGCAGAGAACUGGCGCGCCAGAUCGUGGGUGUUGUCAAGGUCAUGGGUACUUACAUGCCGGGACUCAUCACUGAAGCCGCCGUUCCCCAGGACGCUGCUGCGCGUGGACGGAAAAUCGAAGCCUCUGUGGUCGUGGGAACUCCUGGUACCGUCAUGGACAUGAUUCGCAAGAGAUCCAUGGAUGUCCGAGCGCUCAAAGUGCUUGUGCUUGAUGAGGCAGACAACAUGCUCGACCAGCAGGGCCUUGGAGACCAGUGUAUUCGUGUGAAGGCGAUGCUUCCCAAGAAUAUUCAGAUUGUCUUGUUCUCUGCCACUUUCCCGGAUAACGUGGUCAAAUAUGCCCAAAACUUUGCACCCGGCGCCAAUCAGAUGACACUGCAACACAAGGACUUGACAGUCGAAGGCAUCAAGCAGAUCUAUCUCGACUGUGCCAAUGAUCAGGCCAAGUACGACGUACUGGUUAAGUUCUACGGGUUGAUGACGAUCGGUUCUUCCAUCAUCUUCGUCAAGACACGAGAAACCGCAACAGCUAUCGAACAACGCAUGACAGCCGAAGGCCACAAAGUCGUGUCACUGACUGGUGGCUAUGAAGGCGCGCAGCGGGAUGUGAUCAUCGACUCUUUCCGCAUGGGUCACGCUAAAGUGCUCAUCACUACCAACGUCCUGGCUCGAGGUAUCGAUGUCCAGUCCGUAUCCAUGGUCGUCAACUAUGACGUGCCAGACAAAUUUGUUGGCGGAGGCAGAUUCGUCGCGGAUCCACAGACCUAUCUCCAUCGUAUCGGGCGAACUGGACGCUUCGGUCGUGUCGGUGUCGCGGUGACUUUCGUCAGCAAUCGGGGGGAUUGGGAGAAGCUGAUGGAGAUCCAGAGAUACUUUGGCACGGAGAUGACCAAAGUGGCCACCGACGAUUGGGACGAGCUCGAAGAGACUGUCUCCAAGAUCAUCAAAAGUUCGAGAGCUGGCGCCAACUUCAAGGACGGUGCGACCAUGCAGAUGUGA